AUGGCAAGUGCAGAACACGUUCAGGCGUUGAGCGAUGCAGCGAAUCGUAUGCGUAUAUCUGCAAUUCAAAUGACCAGUACCGCUAAAUCUGGUCAUCCAACCAGCUCAUGUUCUGCUGCGGAAAUUAUGGCAACGCUUUUCUUCGAUGAGAUGCAUUACGAUAAGGAUCAACCUAAGCAUCCGUCUGCCGAUCGUUUUGUUCUCUCAAAGGGUCAUGCUUGCCCAAUCCUCUAUGCAGCUUGGGAAGAAGCAGGUCAUUUGACACAUGAUCAGGUCUUAUCGUUGCGCAAGAUUGAUUCAGACAUUGAGGGCCAUCCAACUCCUCGUCUUGAUUUCAUUGAUGUUGCAACUGGUUCGCUUGGUCAGGGAUUGUCUUGUGCAGCUGGUAUGGCAUAUGUUGGCAAAUAUAUCGACAAAGCGAGUUAUCGUGUCUAUUGCCUGUUGGGUGAUGGUGAGAGUGCAGAAGGGUCUGUAUGGGAAGCAGCUGCUUUUUCGUCAUACUACAAAUUGGACAAUUUGGUUGCAAUCAUUGACGUGAAUCGACUUGGACAGUCGCAGCCUACAAUGCUUGGCCAUAAUACAGAGGCUUUCGCGAAAAGAUUUGAGGCGUUCGGAUUCAAUGCUAUUGUUGUUGAUGGUCAUGACGUGUCGCAGCUGCUUAAAGCUUUCCACAAUGCAAGAGAAACGAAGGAUAAACCAACAGCCAUCAUUGCGAAGACAUUUAAAGGAAAGGGAAUCGAAAAUAUUGAAGAUCAAGAGAAUUGGCAUGGUAAGCCAGUACCUUCGGAAACAGUCAAAGCAAUAGAGGCACGUAUCAAAGAUAAGUCUGGACGAGGUAAACUGAUCAUCAAGAAGCCAAUAAAUGAUGCGCCAGAGGUUGAUAUACGUCCUGGCAGUAUCAAAAUGGAACCACCAAAUUAUAAUAAAGGAGAUAAGGUAGCAACUCGUGCAGCAUAUGGAACAGCUCUAGCAAAGUUAGGUGAUGCAUGUCCUCGAGUGAUCGGAUUGGAUGGUGAUACGAAGAAUUCAACGUUCAGUGAGAAGUUGCUUCAUAAGCAUCCGCAACAAUUCAUUGAAUGCUUCAUUGCGGAGCAGAAUCUUGUCGGUGUGGCUAUUGGUGCAGGAUGUCGUGGCCGAACCAUUCCUUUCACUAGCACAUUCGCGGCCUUCUUCACUCGAGCAACUGAUCAGCUGCGUAUGGGCGCUGUAUCGUUUGCGAAUCUCAAGUGUGCUGGAUCGCAUGUUGGCGUUUCAAUUGGAGAGGAUGGUCCUUCUCAAAUGGCUCUUGAGGAUCUUUCGAUCUUCAGAGCGAUACCAUCAUCAAUAGUUUUUUAUCCAUCUGAUGGAGUAUCUUGUGAGCGAGCAGCUGAAUUAGCAGCGAACACUCCGGGUAUUGUCUUCAUUCGAACUAGUAGACCAGCCAAUCCGAUUAUCUAUGACAAUAACGAACACUUUGAAAUUGGCAAGGGAAAGGUUGUUCGCGAAUCGAGCGAUGAUAAGAUAGUGCUGAUUGGUGCUGGUGUAACUCUGUUCGAAUGUCUUAAAGCAGCUGAUAAGUUGGCGGCUGAGGGUGUUCACGCAUGCGUUAUUGAUCCGUUCACAAUCAAACCAAUCGACAAGGCAUUGAUCGUUCAGCAUGCCAAACGUGUUGGAGGUCGUGUAUUGACCGUUGAAGAUCAUUAUCCAGCUGGAGGAAUCGGUGAAGCAGUUUGUGCAGCAGUUUCGGAUGAAGCGGGCAUCCGUGUACGUUCGUUAUGUGUUACGGACGUUCCACGCUCAGGUCCUCCAGAUCUUCUUCUUGAUAUGUACGGUAUUUCAGCAUCGAAAAUUGUUGACGCAGUUCAUCAUUUCAAUUAGCUUUCGUACGUUGUCGUUGCUCAUCUUUAUCUGACUCUGAUGUCAGGUCGCUUGUUAAUCUUUUGUUUUCCAUCGUCGUUUUGAUAUUCAUCAACGAUUUCAGUAUCUUUCCCUGAAUUCACUUUAUUAGGAAUUUAUCAUAAAUAUUUCAAAGUUCCAUCGCCUUUUGAAUGUGUUCUGCCAAGCUGUCUCUUUAUGAUGGGUAAUUGUCUAGUUGAACAUUACAAGCUAGUUAAUGUUCUUGUGAACGUUUUUAUUGUAUUGUAUCAGUGAAUUAGUCGUUGUUUCUUAUCUUUGUUCUUCAAUCCAUUUUUUCUGCUCACCAUUCUCUGUUUUGAUUAUUUGUUCGAAUAAAAUUAUUCA